AUGUCUAAACCUCCAGCAGUCUUUUACGUACAUGCCGCAUUAUUUGAUUGUGACGGAACAUUGGUAAACUCUACUGGUGCAAUUUCAGAGUUUUGGAAAGAUUUCGGUCUGACUAGACCACAUGUAGAUGCUGACGAGAUCAUCAAUACUUCCCACGGUUGUAGAACAUUUGAUGUCAUUGCUAAAUGGUCUCCAGAUGAUGCAAUUGUAAAGCAAGUCACUGAAUGGGAAGGACUGAUUCCCGACACUUUUGGCCAUCAUGCAAGGGCCAUCCCUGGAGCUGUCGAAUUGGUGGCAAGAUUUGACCUCCUUUCUAAAACUGCAACUGAGAACAAACAUCAAAGAUGGGCUAUUAUCACCUCUGGUACACUCCCAUUGGCAACGAAAUGGCUCAAAUUGUUAAACAUCCAAAAACCUGAAAUUUUUAUCACGGCAGAGAAAGUAACAAAGGGUAAACCCGACCCCGAAGGUUAUAGGUCAGCUAGAGAUAAAUUGGGUUAUGGAGCUUCACAUAAGAAAAUCGUUGUUUUCGAAGAUGCACCCGCUGGUAUCACUGCAGGAAAGGAUGCCGGUGCCAUGAUAGUUGGAAUCUGCUCUACAUAUAGUCCAGAGAAGGUUCUCAAAUCCGGUGCUGAUAUUGUUGUCAGUGAUUUGACAUCAUUUGAAGUAGAAUCAUAUAAUAAAGAAACUGAUGAGUUCAAGGUUAUUGUCAAGGAUUACCAUUAUGCUUCUGAAGAAUAUAUCCAGUAG